AUGCACAUAUUUACAGGACUUAUAACCCGUCCAUCUGUGAAUGUUUUGAUUAAAUCCUGUGUUACCAGGCCAUUGAGUCUAAGAACUCUUCAUGCAAACGCAAACAUUCGCUACUCAAAACAAGAAAAGUCAGUUGCAAAGAAGUCGGGUCAAUCUGUAGAGUACAACUCUCUUUUAACUGUACCAAAUAUCUUGACUCUGUCGAGAAUAGCGACUACACCAUUUAUUGGCCAUUUUAUUAUUACGAGCAAUCUUACACCGGCAUUAUCUCUCUUUGCAUAUUGCUGUGUGACAGACUAUCUAGAUGGUUAUAUAGCAAGAAAGCAUAAACUGAAAUCAAUUGCAGGAACGAUACUGGAUCCAAUUGCAGAUAAACUUUUGAUGGUUAUCACUACAAUAGCUUUAAGUUUCCCACCCGGACCUUGUAUAAUUCCAUGGCCAAUUGCUUCUCUAAUAUUAGGGAGAGACAUUGCUUUGGGUGUUGCUGGAAUGUGGAUACGCUACUCAACGGUUAAGAAGGUUUACAAGAAGGUGAACUGGGGCAAGUAUUUCAAUUUCACGAAGUAUCCCACUGUUGUAGUAAAACCUCUGUUAAUUUCUAAAUGGAACACUUUCUUACAAAUGAUAUAUCUAGGAACUGGUGUUGCCAUGUUACUAUUUGACAAAGUGGGUGACGAAGAUCACAACAAUGACCAGCUAAUGAAUAUCAAACAGAAAGUUUCUAAAUCGUUUAAUGUUUUGGGCUACGUCGUUGGCGCGACCACUUUGAUCAGCGGAACAUCGUAUAUAUUUAGCAGAACUGCUGUAAAAUUUCUAUAUUGA